AUGGUGCGGCUGCUGCUGCGCAUGAAGGCCGACCUGGAGAACGUGGAGGCAAUUGAGUUCCCGGCGGACUACACCUGGAACAUCGACGUGACACAGGCGGGAGGCACAGAAGAAAAGAAAGGAGUUACUCUUUCUGCUGCAGAAGUUUUGGAGAUUCCUGGCAGCCGCGGGACCGCCAACUUGGUCAUUCGCUUCGGCGGCAGCAAACAUGCGGCGACAAUCAACGUAGAACACGUUAAGGGAGUCACGAGGCCCUACACAGCAGCAGACAGCGGACAGUUCGUGCCCAUCAUCUCUUUCGAAUGCCGCGGCGUGGAGCCCACCCACUGGACCCCCACAACUGGCUGCGCCAUAAAAGGCCCCAAAAGUGUUUUUGAAGAAGCAGACAUUGCCGAGGACUGGGCGGACUUUGACGAGGCCGCAAACCAAAGCGUCGGAGUCUACGGCCUCGAAUUCGACUUCGUCGUCCACAAAAACUGA